AAAUCUUUGCCAAAAUCGCGUACCAGAUCUUCACACGAUCGCGUGCGAAUCAAAACGAUCUCUUUCAUUCCGACCGCAGUUAAAAACCCCCUCGAGAGAGCAAAAGUAUGGGUAACGCCCUCGAGUGCGACGGGGAAAACAGCCGGUGCAGCUUCCUCUUCGCCGAGAAUCUCCGCCACGACCCGACGGUCACGGCGAUCAUUUGCGUGUCUUUCGCCGCGGUCUUCCUCGUCGGCCUCGUCGGGAAUUUUCUCGUCCUGGCCGCAAUCGCCCGCGACCUCCGCCUCCGGACGGUGACGAAUCUCUUCAUCGCCAACGUCGCUCUCGCCGACAUCCUCGUCCUUCUGCUCUGCUUUCCCAACUACUUCCUCGGGGGAAUUUUCUACGCUAACUUCGUCGUGAAAACUCACCAUCUCGAUGCACGAAGAGAGCAGUACUCACUUGGACUCUCCAUGCAGAUAUCGGAGGUGGGAGAGUUCUGCAUUACCGCGUGGCCGGUGCUGGGAAUGGAAAGGAUGUACAUCUUCGUGGGGACUGUGGUCUUCUGCAACCUUAUCCCCUCGAUCCUCACCUUCCUCUGUUAUCUUGCCAUAUGGAUGGAAGGUUCCUGGAGGCGAAUCCCGACAGGCACCAGAGACCCGACCGUAUCCCGGGUGCAGCAGAGGCCGGAGGAGGGGCCAGUAUUAAAAGUGUUCGUAGUCGUCAGCAUCGUCUUCUUCCUCUUCUGGGCUCCGUUUCACUUCUUCCUAUCUUUUCCCGGAAGCUUGUUCUUCAUAUACAUGAACGUCAUCAAUUACAUGCUUUUCAUCGCCCUGAUGUUGGGUCUGUCCAAUUCGUGCAUCAAGCCGAUCCUCUAUGCCUGUCUCAACAAGAAGUUGCGAGACGGCUUCCUGGCCGUUCUCCAAAGCUGCAGGUAUUGUAGAACUCAGAGAACAGAUGAUAACUCCCCGGCAUUAGCGCUGAACCCAUGGGAGCAAAGGGGAGCAUGUCCUUCCAAUGAUAUUAUUGGAGAAGCAAUGCCCCCAUCCCCCCGAAAUACAGCUUAA